UUCAGGAGUCAGAAAAAAAGCAUAGUUCAGGAGAAUUGCUGUUCGCCAGGCGUCGCAAACGGGCUGGGCACUAGAGGAAAUGUACGGAGACUUGGGCAUCAAAUUGGUGCAACACGCCAAAAGAACUCAGAAUCUCGCACAUCUGCCCCCCUAUCAGACUGAGCUCGUGCGUGCGGUGACCAGAGAAGUCAGAGACCUAAACAAGGAUGUCGACGAUCUUCUAGAGCCCUUUCAGGGCUCAUUCGAUCCCUCAGAGGACCAGGCAAUCGCAUACACACUGCUCGUGAACCACAUAUCGAUGCGCAGGAACAAGCGAUGCCUCCUGGCAUACCACAGGACCCGCACCGACAAGCUCGAAGAACUCGUGUGGAAUGGCGUCGAUGUCGUCGACCUGUCGGGUCAGCAGGUGCGAGAUGCCGGAGCGUCCAGAGGCAGUACCGGGGUGGCGAGCGGCGAUGGAUCUACGAGCAGUCUCAGCCCGCAGGAAGAGGACUACGUGCGGCAAUACGGAGAUUUACUGGCGGCGUAUAAGGGGCAGUGGACGGACAUUGAUCUGACGGGCAGCCUGGAGCCGCCGAGGGAUCUCUUCAUCGACGUCCGUGUUCUGAAAGACGCGGGUGAGAUUCAGACGGAAUAUGGGGCAAUCACCUUGACAAAGAACAGUCAAUUCUACGUUCGACAAGGGGACGUGGAGAGGCUGAUUGCACAAGGGUAUCUGCAAAAGCUGAGUUGAGCCUCAUCCGCAACCAUAUUGCGUGUUGCAUUGGGCAGCCCCCUUCUAAGGGCGGCGUCAAAGUACGCCACAGCAACGCAUCUAUAAGGAGUGGCUGCUUGAUCACUCGAAUGGUGUCUCUAAACGACGAUGAUGGCCGAUGAGGCUAAACGCCUGUUCAGGCUGUGAUCGGGUAUGGUGAACAAGUGCAGUUACAGCAUGAUGUGGCAUUGAAAGGCCUGUCACCAGCAUGAUGAAUAUACGCUCAGCCGUUCCUAAGGCGGUUGGCGGGCCAGGCGAGGUGUUGU